ACUCGUCAUCAAUGGUUCAAUUUUGUCAGCAUUUGUAACUAGUGACAAUUUAGCAAUGUUUGUAAAAUAGAAUAGUUGCCACUAUUGGCACUACUAGUAGCAAAUGAAGUAGGGACUAAUUCAAUACAUACUUGGAUUAUUUACUAAUUACAAACAAUUACUAGCAACAUAAAAAUAGAUACUAGUUCGUUUUAAAGGAGUUAAAUGGGUUUCCAGUGCACAGGUGAGUCCAGCUGUAAUCCAUCUUUGGCAGUUGGGCAUUAAGGUAGGCUACAAAACAAGAUCAUAACAAAGUUCCCAGUGGCAGCUACAGCAUGUCUUAUGAUACAGCAGUGCCUGAAUGUAGACUCGUAGCAUGUGGCUGUCAGCACUGGAAUAGGGGGGUGUUCCUACACUUUGGGACCGCCCUCUGGAUGAAGCGGAGCCAUUUACCACAGCAAUGUCAGCCCAAUCCACGGCUGGGGAAAUGCACAUUGCGCGCUCCUUCUGUAUUUCCAUCGCAGCAUAGAAGAUAACGUUUCGAGUACUACGGAGCGAUGGCACCGCCGACUGAUGCGUCUUCAGCACAGCCUCACGGAUCCCAGGAAAAAACGCUCGUGGGAAUUUAAAGGAACAUUGAUUUUGCUGUAUGCAUCGCAUAAACUCCGCUCACGCCACCAAAACGUGAUUGAAGCUGAUUUAUCUGAUGAUGGUUUUCUAGAACAAACUGUUCAUUUUUGGCCAUCACAACGCAGACCGAAGACUCGAUCCAUCACCGAUGCGUUAAUCGCAAGUCAGUCGCAGUGUUGCUUAUAUUAUUAUCUUCUCGACAUCGGAAUAAGAACAUCUGUGAUUCAUAGGAGCCAGCUGCACCAGCUCUAUAGUAUCCGAGCAUCCUUCCGCCAGUGUGCAUCCUCAUCCUCAUCAUCAUCAUCGCGCCCUGCAGCUCCAUCGCAAGAGGGAGGAUCCGCAGAGGAGAUCUCCGGGCAACACCACACACACAUUCAGAGGAUGCUUUGGAUGUAAAAUAAAUAACGAUGGGGAAAGAUCAGGAAUUACUUCAAGCGGUGAAGACUGAGGACCUGAUGACGGUGCAGAAGCUCCUGCAGAGGCCCAAACCUGGGAAAGCAAAGUUGCUGGGCUCUGCCAAGAAGGUGAAUGUCAACUUCCAGGACACUGAUGGAUUUUCACCACUGCACCAUGCAGCUCUCAAUGGAAAUGUGGAGGUUAUAUCACUGCUGCUGGAGUCUCAGGCCUUAGUGGACAUCAGGGACCAGAAAGGGAUGCGGCCUCUGCAUUAUGCAGCAUGGCAGGGAAAGUCAGAGCCCAUGAAGUUGCUGCUGAAGUCAGGCUCCUCAGUGAACGGUCAGUCUGAUGAGGGUCAGAUCCCCCUGCACCUGGCCGCUCAGCACGGACACUAUGACGUAUCUGAGAUGCUUCUGCAGCACCAGUCAAACCCCUGCAUAGUGGACAAUGCUGGGAAGACUCCAUUGGACCUGGCUUGUGAAUUUGGCCGAGUUGGGGUGGUCCAGCUGCUACUGAGCAGUAACAUGUGUGCAGCUCUGUUGGAGGCCAAGCCCGGAGACUCGACUGAUCCCAACGGCACCAGCCCACUGCAUCUCGCUGCCAAGAACGGACACAUCGACAUCAUCAGACUGCUGAUCCAGGCGGGCAUCGAUAUCAACAGGCAGACCAAAGCGGGCACUGCCCUCCAUGAGGCUGCACUGUGUGGGAAGACUGAUGUUGUGCGCCUCCUGCUGGAUAGUGGCAUCAAUGCAGCAGUGAGAAACACAUACAGCCAGACAGCGCUGGACAUCGUCUAUCAGUUCACUGCUACACAGGCCAGCCGGGAAAUCAAGCAGAUGCUACGAGAUGCCUCAGCUGCCUUGCAGGUCAGGGCCCUGAAGGACUACUGCAACAAUUACGACCUGACUAGCCUUAACAUAAAGGCUGGAGACGUUAUCACGGUUCUGGAGCAACAUUCAGAUGGGAGGUGGAAGGGCUGCAUCCACGAUAACCGCACAGGAAAUGACAGAGUGGGCUACUUCCCCUCCAGCAUGGUCGAAGUGAUCAGUAAGAGGCCUGGGGCUGUGGGUAAGAGACGACAACGGGCGGGUUCAUGGAGUACAGUCACUUGUACCCAACAGUAUCAAAAGAUACAGCUCUGUGCGCCGGUGUGCGGCCCCGUGUCGCCCGCCGUUGCCAUGGUGAAUGGGGACUCGUAUCAUGAGAUUCAUAUCCUGCCGCCUCCUCCACCUCCGCCACCACAUUCCCAUCUGCCACUUUUCACUUCCUUUGGCUAUAACAGGUCCCCAAACACCUCAGGAGAGCCGCACAGUGGACAAGAGGCCAAGAAUGAUCAAGAUUUGGCUAGUUCUCGCGGCUCAGAGUCCAGUCCACAUGGCUCACCCACCCCAGCCGGUGGUCCCCAGGGCGGCAGCAGCGAGGAGAUCUGGGUUCUGCGCAAACCUGUGGCAGGUGGAGACCGCAGCAGUGUGGGCAGUUCAGGCAGUGUGGCCAGUGCCCGAUCCUCUGGUAGUGGACAGAGCGCAGGCAGCAGCAGUAUCCUUCACGCACAGGCAGAGGGAGUCAAGCUCCUGGCCACGGUUUUGUCACAGUCUGCCAAAGCUAAAGAACACCUGCUGGAGCAAACAAAGUCUUUGGACCACCCCUCACACGCUUCCAGCAACAAAGGAUCUUCCUCACGCAGUCAGAGUUUGUCAAGCUGUCCACUUCAUGAGCAGCCGUAUGGGGAGGCGGUGUCCCAGAGGAAAGGGGAGGCGCUGCCUGAGGGGAAGAGCUCAGAGGCUGUUAUCGAAUGGCUGAGUGAAUUUCAGCUGCAGGUCUACGCUCCAAACUUCAUCAGCGCCGGCUAUGACAUUCCUACAAUUAGCCGAAUGACCCCAGAGGAUUUAACAGCUAUUGGAGUAACCAAACCAGGACAUCGAAAGAAGAUAACCUCAGAGAUAAAUAAGCUCAGUAUUAACGAGUGGCUGCCUGACCAAAAACCGGCGAAUCUUGGAGAGUGGUUAUCCAUGAUUGGGUUGAGCCAAUAUCACCAAAUUUUAGUCAAAAAUGGCUAUGAGAACAUUGACUUUAUUACUGACAUCACGUGGGAGGACCUUCAGGAGAUUGGCAUUACAAAACUUGGACACCAGAAGAAGCUUAUGCUUGCAGUGAAGAAGCUGGCAGAGAUCCAGAAGGCCUCUGAUGGUCGUAACACAUUGCGUAAAAAACCCCCAGCCGCUCAGGAGGUGAUGGCUAUUGAGAGCCCACCCCAUGACAGCGGAGAGUGUAUGUCUCCUAAAUUGAGCACUUUCCAGGACAGUGAACUGAGCGGGGAGUUACAGGCAGCUCUUACACGGCCUGCUGAUGUGCAGGAUGGCACAGAGGUGAGAACCAAUAGUGGUCCGGGAGCACAGCACCGAGCCCGCAGUCUGCAUGAGAACAGCAUGAAUAAGAGCCGAGACACAGAAGAGCCUAGCGGGCCACCCAGAAAGGAGGCACGUACCAUGCGCCAGAGCAGCCAGGGAGGCCAGAGAAGUGUUUCAUCGGCGCAGCCAAAACCACGUCAGUCUUAUCCCCAAGGUGCAGGUCCACCCUAUACUCCACCACAAACGCCCACCAAAACGAAGCCUCCCGCCUCACAGACUAUGAGCAACCCACCGGGUAAGCCAAAACCUAGUCCUCAGCUGCUCCAGCAGACAGAGAAGCCCAUAACACCUCGUGCUCACCCCCAAUCCCCCACUCAAAGGUCCCAUCCACACCCAGCUGCUCAGCCUGUGGAAACCAUGGAAGCUGCGCCCCAAGGACCCGCUGUCUCAGUGCCACUCCUGUGCCUACCACCAGAUGGUGAUGAAGCUUGCGACGAGUAUGGUCUGCCUAAGAAACGUGCCCACAGUCUGAAUCGAUAUGCUAUGUCUGAUGGUGAGCAGGAGCGGGACGAGCUGAAUGUUGCAGAUUCAGGAGGAAAGUAUGCCACAGUACAGCACCGGGUGGGUCGCAGCAACUCAGUGAAAGGGCAGGCAGACAAGAAUGUCAACCGAAGCCAGUCCUUUGCACUCAGACAGAAGAAGAAAGGUCCUCCUCCACCUCCUCCCAAACGCUCUAGUUCAGCCAUCUCAAGCUCCAGCAGUAAUCUGACAGAAGUGCCCAAGGAGACAAGCAGUGGACCUCUUCUGGACGUUCCCUAUCAACCACAAAGACGUGCUAGUGACCUGGGUGGCACUGUAGACACAGGCAGUGCAGGUAGUGUGAAGAGCAUUGCGGCCAUGUUGGAAAUGUCCUCUAUUGGUGGGGGUGCCAAGGGUCUCGCUUUACAGAAAACUGCAGGAUACUAUCUGCAGGUGGGUUCUGCAGGAGCAAAGCAGCGUGAUGCCAUUGGACUGGAUGGGGAAGUAGUGAACCGUCGCAGGACCAUUAGUGGGCCUGUCACUGAGUUAGUAGCAGCUGCUAAGCGAGGACCACAGCCAGAGCCAGUCCAGGAUAGACAACGCUCUGAACCCCAGCCAAGCUCUAGUGGGAGUUCAGCAGAAAACCUUCCGUUUGCUGAGGAUGGAAACCUUACCAUCAAACAAAGACCUAGACAGGGAAAGGAUGAGGCUGAGGAGGGCCUAGAAAUGUCAUACUCUUUACCCCAGGAGGACCUUUCAUGUGCGGAUGCCACAGCCUCCCUGAAAAGGAGGGUCCAGAGCACCAAGCAGCAGCCAAAUGGCACCAAGUUCCAGCUCACAGAGUCAAAUACAGUUAAGCGCCGCCCCAAAAGCAAAGACAAAGAUGCAGAGGAACAACUGGAUGGGCAGAUGCCCCUACCAUACGAGAAUGGGACUGGCACCAUUAAAAGACGCCCUGUGUCAGAGGUGACCGUUUCAGAGCAGCCCCGACCACAGGAACAUCCUGAGAACUCGCCCCGUCGGGACAGCGCAGACCUGGAAGGCCAUGUCACUGAGAGUGCCCCUCGAAAGUCUGUCAAACCUCCAGUGUCUCCCAAACCUGUUCUGGCCCAGCACAUAAAGAAACAAGGACCGCCGGCUGCCAUCACCAAGAAAGCCCCGUUUCCUGGACCAACUGGGGCACCUGGCAGCCCAGUUGAAGGAAAGAAAGUACCUCCUCCGAUUUCACCAAAACCUACACCUCCUCCCACAGCUCCCAAACCAUCCAAAAAUGUUCUGCAGUCUUUAAAUGCGACACCUAAUCCCACUCCCAUGCCCUCUCCAGCCAAGCAGACUGUCACCAAAAUGGCCAGUACAGCCUCAACCCAAACCAACCACCCUGUCAAGGCUACAACCCCACCGGCUUUGAGUGCGCAGACCCCACACACACCUCAGUCUCCUCACACCCCACAGACACCUCAGACACCCCAAACCCCACAGACGCCCCAAACUCCCCCAACCCCCAUCCCUACACCCCCUCCUGUGAAGCCCCCUCGCUCCUCAAUCAGUGGAGUAUCCAUGGACAGUUCAACUGGAUCAGCAUUUGUCACAGGGCUAGUGACAGCAGAUGCAAUGCACCAGAAGAUAGAGGAGACCAGUGCCUCACUAGCUGCAGCCCUGCAGGCAGUAGAAGAGAAGAUCAAGGAGGAUGGGCAAAAAGACUCAUUGAUUGAAAACAAGAGCACAGUGAGCAUCCUAGACGACAUCGGCAGCAUGUUUGAUGACCUGGCCGACCAGCUGGAUGCCAUGCUGGAGUGAAGAGCACAGCCUGUGUCUCUGUGGCACAACCUCAGGGCCCCGGGAGAGCACAAGGGCACAAUGACCAACAACAUACCCACCUAUCCCUUUCUAGUCCUCAUCCCUUGCUCCUCUCACCCCCUUUUUUCCUGCUCCUUCCCCAUUGUCAUGAAACACCCGUCUCUCCUCUCUCCCUCCGAGUUGGUUUUGCACAAACCCGAGCUGAUGUACCUCAGGACUGGGCAGAAGGCCAUCCAGGGCUUUAAACAUCAAAGACAGAGCAGAGGGUGGAGAGGCAGAGGUUGUGUUUUAAUACAUAAAGCUCAACUCUCUGUCUGUGGAAUAUCUCUAUCUACCAUGAGCAAUGAGUAGUAAAAUAAUAAUAUGAAAACAAUAAUAACUGUAUAUGAAAUAAUAGUAUGGUAUGUGUACAUUGUAAGCAUGAGGAAAGUUUGUAUCUAUAAAGAAAAAAAAUCUCAUAGUGAGAGUCAUGCAUUAGUACAGUUAUAUAUAUAUAUAUAUAAAUAUAAAUAUAAAUAAUUUAUGUUUUUAUUUCAUGUUCAAUGGUACAUACAGUGUUGAAACAUUAAGAAAUCUAUAAAGUUUGAUGACAGAUAUGUGGAUUUUUCUAUGACUAUAAUGAAGUUUUAAAACAAAACAAAAAAUAAGGCUGGCUUAAACAUCUUGUAUGUUUGGCUGUGCUCUGCUGAAGAGUGUUGUGGGCUGUGUUGAAUGUAGUGACUGAAGUGGCUGUUUCACCCCCUGCUCUGUGCUUGCUCUGGGCUCCCGCUCUGUGCUGCUGUGACCCAUAUGUUUCCAUAUACUUUUUGCCUGUGUGAACUCAUACAUUCCUGCUCCUGCACAGCCUUCUUCCUUUACCUUCCCUCUUUUUCUUCCUGCCCUCAUCAUGUGCAGUGUCCUGUGUGCCUUAACAUGAGAGGUGACCUCAGUGCUGCUAACACACACAAGCAAACAGUUUCAAGCUGAGAUAGGCCAGGUGUCCGUGGGGCCUCAUUUAUAAAAUGUUGCAUAGAAAGCGUCCUAUAUUUGAUCUUACGAUCAUUUCUCAAAUGUGCGUACAUGUGAUUCAGAGAACGAACGUACAUACAAAAAAACGCAUAUGCCUCUCUUCCAAAUGUGAAAUCUAUAAAUGAUGUUGAAAUUAUGCACAGCUUAAUGGAUUCAGAUCUCCAUCUUGUAAACGCUGCCUAAUUAAUGUCAUUAGCAUAUAAAAGAGCACCAGUCAACGUUCAAAUCCUUGAGAAUGGCGAGCGGAAAGAAUUGCUUAGAUUACCUGCAGUUCUCCGACUAUUUGCCACAAGGAAAAGUGCAUACGUCUGCUUAGACCUAGGCUGCGUCCAAAAACCUAGGUAGCUGACUUGCUGCCUCACUGCCUUAUCAAACAAUGACUUGUAAGGCAGCGUUUGUGCAUGAAAGCACCUCAUGAAACGGGUUUCGGACAGGCUUCUGAGGCAGCAUAAGAGUUUAAUGAUCUACAGCAAUAUAGCGUGAGCUUUGGUGAGAACUAAACAAAUAUUUAAUUACUACAGUAGUAAUUUCUCGCUAGAAAUGACAACAAAAGUGGAGAAUGUUGGUCAAAACUGUACAUUUACUCACAAACUGGCCAGCAAACGCAACUUUUGGACGCCAUCUUUAUUUUUCUAGCUCAACUGUCACAGAAUGGAAAGCACAGGAUUGUGGGAUAUCAAAGACAGCAAAGGAUACAUCUAUGCUGCCUUCAAAAAUCAAAAACAGGAAGUGAAGCUAACAUUGAAUUCAGACGUGCCUUGAUGCCUUCCUACCUUGAAUGUGUCCUCCGAAGGCAGCAUUUUCCAGUUUUCGGACGCAGCCCUAGUCUCGCGUAGCCAGACCUUCAGACUGACGGCAGAAGGUCUGGACUCUAUCGCAGCUUUCAUUGGCCACCCAAGAGGACGUUUGACUGACAUGUUACGCAACCAAUCCGAAUUUGUAGUCAUGAAAAUGUAAAGUCGAUGUCCCUACAAUAACAGACCGAAGUGUGUCUAAUAAAUUAUUCAUUCAAUAACGUUGUGCAAGUUUACUGCAACAGUGGAGCUGCAAACUUUACACACUUUUGAAAAUCCAGCAUUUACUCAAUCCAUGAGCGGGUUUGGUGUCACGGCAUUUGUUUCCAGGCGUACAGUUAAAGAACGCAACAUCCUAUAGAAUUCAGCCAACCAGAUGAUGACUUCAAAAAUCCUAAAGCGUUUCUAGUUAAGUGUGUCAUAUGCAUCGGCCCAUGGGCGUGACGUCUGAGGCUGAGACUACCUUAGACCCUGACAUGGCACUAAGCACUUUUCCAUUUUUGUAAAUAUGAACGUUGGCGUGGAUUUUAGCGUACACACUCUCUAAGAUCAAAUCUGUGCAUACGCAUGUUUUACAAAUGAGGCCCCAAGUGAGAGGCAUUGCCUUGUGGGAAGGGAGGGGCCUGUGUGCUCUGAUUUGGCGAGGCGUGACCUCAUCCUUGGACAUCCCCGAUGCUUUAGUCAUCUGCAGCAAGGUGAUACGCAGUGUAGGCCUUGAAGUCAAAAUGAAUAGCCAAUUUACUUCCAUGAUGUAAUGCAGUUCCAGGCAAUAUAGAAAAUGCUAGAAAAAAUACAAUGGGACUUGAUUCUGUUCUUUGGCAGUUUAUUGGAUGGUAAAAGUAGGCACUGAAUACCAAAAUAGCUAUUUAGCUAUUGAUUAGCAUAUAGCCUGUGCUCUCUGAGUGAAGAUUAAGACAAACUCAUUUUUUCUUAGGAAUAAAGUGUCAAUAAAUUGUUCACAACAAGACCAGGAUCGUGCAUUAAGAAAGUAAAUCGGUUCAUGUUGACUUUUACUACACGAGUGACCUCAGAAACACAGGCGAGAAUGAGGUAGAGGGGUCCAGUGAUGGUUGAUGGCUUUCAGAAGGUGGGACGUCAGGAAGCACAAAGUGAGAAAGUUGCAAAUGUGUAUGUGUGUGAGUGGCAUAAAACAGCAAUCUAAAAGAAACAUGCAUGUAAGAUGUUAUGGACUGACAGUGUAGUGAACUAACAAGGAUUUUGCAAAUGUUAAUGUGGCUUGAAGUUUAGCAUUUCCACCUACCCUGCUCUUGAGCUCGGACAGGUGUGGUUCCACUGGAAGCCUGCAUGCAGUCUAAUCUCAGUGGCUGUUAAAGGGUGUGAAUGUACCAUGGUGUGCCUGCUUUGUAUUGCAUUACCCCCAGUAUCAUACAGACAGACAUUUCCUUAAUGACCAAAGUAAGAACAUUAGUCCAAGAUGCAAUUAAGCUUGGGUCCAUAACUUGUUCUGAAAAGCAUAGCAGUAUCUAGGUUAAACAUUCACAGAGAAUCGCAUUAAGUGACUUUAAAGGGACAUUUUAAGGGGGGAAUGAGUGACGCUUUUACAGUUUGGUCUCUGUGGACAUGAGAUGUUUCCAGAUGCCAUGUUCUCUCAUUCACGGUGAGGGCACAAUUCGCUGUUAUGACAGCACCGGUCACAACCAAACCUCUUGCAAGCCUCUGAAUGUCAUUAUUUCAUUGCCAGCAAACUCACAGUCUCUCAUUAAUUAACCAUCUUUGUUGCCAUGACAAUCUGCCUGCUCAUUAUUAGAAUCGUCACAGUAUCAAAAUGAUCUUAAAUGCAAUUUAAGAAAGGGCCCAAAGGUAGGGAACACGAGAAAGAGAAAUAGUUGUGUAUGCUUUACACACGUUCAGUAGUUCCAUAUAUGCUUAAUCCCUUCCCCGGUUCUCAGAAAGAAUAUUUGUAAUAUUUAAGUUAUGAACAGAGAUUAUUAUAGAUGUUUUCAACAAGUAUUUGAUGAUGCAGCAUCAAGAGGGCUUGUUGAUGAAACUGCAAAUAUUUGAGACAAAAGUUUAACGUGUCUUCUUGGCGCAAAGUGUUUUAAAUGAAUUGUAAAUGGUCAUUUUUUUAGAACUCCAGUUUUCUUUUUUAAGGUAACUUUUUGUGAUAAGUUUUUUGACUGCCAUGUCUUCAGAUGAAAUGAGUUGUAUAUUAUGCAAUGUUACGUUUUUUUAAAACAUGUAUGUGCCUUGCUUUAGUUCUUUUCAUUUUGACUUUCAUGUUUAAACAAUGUGUAGGGAAAUAUGUGGCCGGUCUCAGCUUUUGUCCAGCAGAUGUUCUGAAUUAUAUCCCUUUUUGUUGUGGUCUGCUCUGUGGACAGAGUGCAGAUGUCUGGCAUGGGAAUGGCUUUUAUAAAAGCUUUAUCAUGCCUAUCGCUUCAAAGGACUGGGUGUCGAUCCAGUGUUAAUUGAGUUGUUACAACCCUGUCCCCCCUUCUUCUGUGUGUGUAUAUAGCUGGUUGUUUGUCACUGUGAAUUCAUCCUUUUUUAAACUUGAUUUCUCCACUUUAAAGCUCUCAUUCCUGUCAGUUUCUUAUUGUCAUGUUUGCUUGUUUUUCCUUUAUUCUUUUUUAAUACCAGAGAAAAAAAAAAAAAAAAACGAUGGAAAAAUAUUGAAAUUCUGAAAACACUGAAGUCAGACUUAUUGUUGGUGCAAGAUGUUAUUUAAUAAUGAAAGCUGUUUUAAAUUCCAUCCUAUUUGCAGAGACAUUAUAUAUAUAUAUAAAAAAAAGAAAAGAAAUCUGCACUGCUCAGUGCGUGCAGGCUGUAUAUUGUGUUGAUGUUCUGCCAUUGACUUGUAUGAUACCUGCUGUGACUGGCAUUGGGAACAGUGGUGUGCUUGCAGUGACUGCAUCAACAGCCACCUGCUCUAAAUAAACAUUAUAUACAAACA